ACUCGAAGUUCCUACCUACACCUGUAGCAGCAGUGGCCGCCUCCUGGUUUUUUUUCUUCUUCUCUACGUCUUCUUCCCGCUGUCCUGGGCUUCAGGUUUCCCGAAUCACUUGACGAGGAGCUAGCAGGUGGGCAGAUGUCUUCCCACGCCGAGGACAGACGCGUAGGAAGGUUCAAUGCACUGGAGUGAGCUGCCGGGGUCCCAUCUCCCGGCAGUUCCCGGGCGGCGCUGGCAGGGAAGAGGGACGCGCUCGAGAAUUAAAGGCUACUACGCAGGAGGACCCGCUUGGGCAUUCACCUGUGGCAGUGAGCUCGGCACCCACUCGCCGCGGCGCCCUCCGGUUGGAGCCGACAGCGCUGCGAGCCCGGGGCUGCCGCCGCCACUGCGGCGGGCAGAAGUCGGAGGCGCCAGGAGAGGUCAGCAGCAGCAAUCAGCGUAGCUGGACUGCGAGAUUUCGGCUGGCACACUUUCCAGAAAGAAGCACGACCUCCCCAGGACCGCGCGAAGGAACGCCGCGGCCCGGCUUCUAGGUUGCCCCAAGCGCACCCCCUCUGUGCUCUCGGCGGAGAGCGCGGCGCGUCCUGGGAAACCAGAACAGCACAGGCCGCUGCCUCGGCUCCCACCCCGCAGCCCGCCUGCGAGCAACCGGGGGAAAGGCCGGAGCGGACGCCGGAGACCACCGGGAGGGAGGGGCCGCUACCGCCGAGGCUCUUGCCCACCCGCGGCGCCCGGGCCCCUUGGCCGGCGGGCCAUGGCCGAGAGCGGCACGGGCAGCUCGGGCCCCUGGUGGAAAUCGCUAACCAACAGCAGGAAGAACGGCAAGGAAGGCACGGUGGGGGCGCAGCCUCCGGCCCAGCCUGCCCCCGGGGAGCCCGCGCCGCCCAGCCCGGACUGGACUAGCGGCUCCCAGGAGAAUCAGCACCCCAAUCUCCUCGGGGGCGCCGGCGAGCCCCACAAGCCAGACAAGUUUUGCGGGGAGAAAUCGGGCAACAGCCGGCGCAAUCUGAAGAUCUCGCGCUCGGGCCGCUUUAAGGAGAAGAGGAAAAUGCGCGCCACUCUGCUCCCCGAGGGAGUCAAGUCCCCGGAGGAGGCGGGCUUCCCUGGUGACCCCCAGGACGACAAGCAAUAGCCCGAGCGCUCCAGGACGGUCUCUCUUCCCACCACGCCUCCCCAACCCCCAGUGCUAAACCCGAGAAUUCUGACCCGCCCCUGUACUUGGUGUCUCAUCCCACGAAAUAAGAAUAUUCACGCAAGGCCUCCACGAUUUUAUCUUCCUGGAAAUUGAAGUGUCAAUUGAGUUUUCCAUAUUUCACGACUGAAGGAUGCAUUAAGUAUUUAUUCGUGGUAAGGGAAGAUUCCUGCCACAGAGGAAGUUGGCAUAAUUAUUUUGUUCUAAAAGCUUCUGUGGCCUCCACCCCUUGUAUCGCCAAUGGAAGUGAGAAGGGUACUUCUCUAAGAGAUGGUAGCUCAGCUGGAACUGUGCAGCCUCUCAAAUGAGGAAGGCAUGCUCUGAUUCGGAACUUGCUGUUGGAAAGCAAACCACAAUGCUGUUUUUAAUGCCUGAGAAAUGCACUUUACAAGUACUCCUGUAGAGUUACACCUUAAGUGAAGGGAUGGGAAAGAGCAAGCAGUCUUAACUAAAAGCAUUUCAAGUAAAGCAAGAUUGCUUUUAAUGUUGAACUACAAAACUGUACUGCCUAUCUUAGUGGGGACCAUUAAAAUUGUUGCACUGUAAGACUUAA